AUGUCAUCAGAUACCGUUUCCGAUCUCUUCCCUGAACGGCCAAUCAGGCCGCUGCCGAAGCGGCGAUUACGAGAGAAGCUCUCGCCUGAGGAGGCCGACUCGAUCCGAUAUCCGUCCUCGACACUGAACUCGGUUCCUCUGUUUCAGUAUCCUCCUUUCACCGUGAGAGAGGAGCGCGGCACGACUCGCCUAGGUUCUCUGAGCCCGACGUCUCAAGUACACCGCGGGGAUCUGAAUCGGAAUUGGACACCCCGCCGCGACGAAGGGUAUGGCCUCCCCUCCGGUCACGGUGGCGAUGGUCCACGUAUAACGACAGCCUCUCGGUCACCGCCUGGCCAAGGGAAUCGAGUGAACGGACGGGCUGCACACGGUGACCAGUCUCGGCAUCCUAAACCCCAGACUUCCCUGUCUGCCACAUCUUCGGUCGAUGGCUACGACUCCUUCGAGAAUACGAAUAACAAGAAGAAGCGGAAAAUUCCUUCAGCUGGAGAUUCGGCUCUGAGCAAUGUUCACGGGUUGGCAGCUGAAGUAGCUGCACAAUCAGCGCAAGUCGGUGUACCGUCGACAGCAGAUACCAACGGUGAUAGAGGUUAUCAUAACGGGUCUGGUGGCUACGGGGCAAAUAGCCCUGGGUUAUCAGGGUCUGGCAGAGGGCGUCUCGGACGUUCCAGGAAUGGCAGGAGUCCCCUUCGUACUAUCUCAGACAACAAUGCUUGGUGGUCUGCUGGUGGUCGGCAUCAGAAGACUGCCAAUUCGUCGUGGGAGCAUCAAGUCACCGAAACGAAAGGCGGUAUCAUCUCCAAUGCCAUCGCAAACGCCGGGAAACAUCCCCUUUCGGGGCAAGAAAACGUCAGUCUUCUCCAACAACACAAUGCCACCACCAAACCUACGCCGGCGUCAACGCAGUUCACGUUCACAUGUGACUCCCAAGUGCCUGGGUCAAUUGCAUGGCCAGGUCACACCACCAGGGGAGGGUCCAUGAAUUCAGGCCCAGUGGGCAUGAUGCCUCCGAACUCUGCAGCACAGCAGGGGAAUCAUGUGAAACCUGCACCGAAAAAGCUGUCCCGUAAGCAACAGCGCAAGAGACUCGACGGGGAGCUCAGGGAAGCGGCCCGCGAACGCCAGCGGAUAGCCGUGGAGAAGUACUGGCACAACCCUCCCAAGCCAGAAGACUUUUGGAUGUGUGAGUUUUGCGAGUAUGAACAGAUUUUCGGCGAGCCCCCUCGGGCCUUGAUCAGAGAAUACGAGCUCAAGGAUCGCCGAGCGCGCCAAGAGGAAGCCGAUCGAAAGCGGCUCUUGGAGAAGGCCAAGGCCAAAGGGAGGAAGGGGAGAAAGAACAGCAAAGCCCAAGGCAAGGCUCAGCAUGCACCAAAUCAGCAGCUGGAUCGCCAAGAGAUGUACGAUCCGGAUAUACCACCGAACCACGACGGGCAAGGGCAGUCGACGCAGUCUGAGGAGGAUUAUGAAGAAGACUAUGUGGCAGAGUACGACGACUAUUCAAGUACCGGUGUGGAAGUUGACGCUGGCGGGGGAGAGUUGCCAUCACCUCGCGCAGCGCCAAUACAACGACCUCCGGCAGCAUCAUAG